GACCUCGAGCAAUACACGUACUUUUGCCUUUGCCAAGUUCAAGGAGACACGUGUGCAUGGCAGUACCGGCGACAGGCGAAGGACGCAAAGAUCAGAUGGACGCCCCCGCGAAGCGAACAGAGCAGCCGGGCCCGUCUUCGCCGAAUGGCGGUAGGGUGGCAUCAUCAGCAGACUCGAAUUUCGCGUUCCCCAGCUACGNGCCUGGUUCGCCCGCGAGGGACUCACAAGGUCGAUUUCGGCCCCGGCCGGGGAGCAGGCCGGGGAGGGAGGAGGUGGGCAUGAACGUCUACAAAUUCUAGUAGAAGUGCGUCUUGCUCUCGCACCGCAAGAAAAAAAACACGUACUGCUGUAGACUACUUUCGGUAUGAGCGAUUUCAGAACUAUGUAUGUUGGACAAAGAAUGAGCAGAUGUUCGAAUUCCUACUUUGUUUUGUAGGAAAGGAGCGUCCCGCCCGCCAGACGGUGUCGCCGUUUCUUUUCGAGGGGAAUUGGGUGGACCCAAAGCCAACGGUACCAAGAUGCAAAGUACCUAGUUUUUAUUAUGUGUACUGCCAAACGAAAACCAAAAACCAACUCGAAGCAAUAAAUUAAAACAAAACACACAUGUAGUCUGUUUUGAAAAAUGCACACAAAUACUACAGCAGUGCCGGAAUACAUCUGCCCAGAGGUUUGAUGGGCACCAUGUACACCGGACACAACAACUAUUCCGAACAGGGACGUCAGGUUUAGUGCCGAUAUAUAGGUCUCGGCGGUAUAAUCUCGACUAUCGCCACCUGCUUUAACCUCAUCAUCCUGCUUCGAAAGAAUUGUUGAGACACAGGGUGAGCAACUAAAACAAUAAAACGAUGCCUGUGAUCCCAGGUCUUUGGCUCAGAAGGGUCGCUCGAGGGAUUGUUGCCCAACAUAGGUCACAAACCGCAUCCUAAAAACCAUCCUAACCCCUGCCAAUGGCCGAGUUGGGCUCAGCCAAGGACAGAGUGGAUGGUAGGCCUCGAACCAGUCCUUCCCAUGACCUUGGAAUAGAAGCCGACCUGGACAGGGCGGAAGAAGAAACACAAUUCAACACGCAGAGUGGUAUAAGAACAAAAUAUCAUUCGAAGAUAUUAGCUUAACUUGAUAUUUGGCAACGUUCAAGAAAUAUUAAAUGUGAAAAGCCGUGUUCUUGGGUGAAAGGAGUUCGGGCGUUUCAAAAUGUAGACGGGCGAAGAAAAAAGCAAAAAAAUAACCCGGGUUGCAGCGUCAUUAGAGCUGUGUCUCAUUCGUCUAUUGGGCCUCCCUCGGACACGCAAAAAAACACACUUGCCCGUGGGCCUAUCGCUGGAACGCACGAUGCCUGGCCUUCCUAACGGCUGCGACGACGGCGAAUAGUAGCAACAGCGGUAGCAGAAGUGGCACCAUAUAAAACACGUCGCGGGAAUGCGUCGAUUUGCAGGUCGCGGAAGAAGGAUCAAUUGGCGGCUACCCAAAAGCAAGACGAAUAAAGCAAGCGCCGAGGUGUUUUUCGCUGGUAGGGGUGACAACAAACGCGAUCACCCGGGUGCGUUUUGAGGCGCUUUCGUGCAUCGCCGUUUUUUUUUUAGGGUUCGUGUGAGAGCGGUGCCAUGGGCACCGGCAUGUUAUUAGGAACACGCUUUCCAACGAUAUUGGAUCGCAGAGCAUGGCAAUCUUUCCUAUAGGUGUGUGCACCCCCAAACAAAACAAAGCCCAAUGCAGGAUGGGAUAAAAGGAGACCGCAGUGACGCAAGCACCCCAAUCUAUUGUAUGCCGCUCAAAACCAUGCACACCAAUGCCCGUCACAGGAAUAAUAGAGGUCAGAAAGACUUACCACGUCACGCGCGAGAAGGUCGAGUUGGGCUAGCUCCAGAUCGUUGUGAGAAGGCGCACGCACAGCGCAUGACAGGUGUAACGCCACCUGUAUCAG